AUGUCCUACCUCCUUCACGGCAGCACCUCACACACAGGCAUGGGCUGGGUCGACCGCAUCCCCCGCGCCGGCGGAAACCUCUACAUCGGCGGCCUCUAUGCCCUCUAUCAAACCGACCUCAUCAAAGCUGCUAACAUCACCCAUGUGCUCUCUGUCGUAGACUAUGAGCCUAACUUAUCGCCAAAUGAACAUCUGUCAGGGUUGGAGAAAAUGCACGUCUGGGCUGAAGACGAUCCGAAUGAGGAUUUGCUGAAGUGGUUUGAGAAGACGACAAAGUUUGUGAGGGAGGGGUUGCAGGGUAAUGGUGGGGUGUUUGUGCAUUGCGCUAUGGGCAAGAGUAGGAGUGCGGCGGUCGUGGUGGCGUUCUUGAUGUGGGAGUUUGGGGUAGGGGUGGAAGAGGGGUUAAGGUGGGUUGAGGAGGGAAGGCCGGUUUGUGAGCCGAAUCCGGGGUUCAAAGAGCAACUCAGGGUUUGGGAGAAGAUGCUGAAAGAGCAGGAUGGGGUCAAGAGGCAGGAUAUCUAUCAAGCAUUCGAGAAGAACCGGUUCAAGGGAAGUGCGUGGGAAUGGGAGAAGCGAGCUGAAGUGGAGGAGAAGGCGAGGUUAUAA